AUGAGGACUCUUAAACUUCAGCUCGACUACGUUCUGGCGAGUAACAUUCUUCAGUCAGAUAUCCGAAAAUCUAGAGCUGUUUGGGACGUCGCGUUCGACUCUGACCACCGUCCAGUUCUUCUCAGCUUCAAGAUACGGUUCCACAAGAGAAACCGAGGAGUUCCUCUUCAACCGAAAAUCGACAUGGCAGGUCUGAAAGACGAUGAAUGCAGAAGAAAAUUCUGCCAACGUGUGUCUAUUCAUGUUGGAGUACGGACCAGGAAGAAGCUUAGCGAUGCGGAUUCCUUCACAAAGUGCAUCCAGGACGCUGCAAGGGAAACGCUCCCGGUUCUAUUGCCGCGGAAGAAGUUUGCCUUUGCAUCUACGGAAACAAAAUCCACAUACAAUUCUGUAUGUGUCGCGCGCAGCGCUGGUGACUUCAACCACGAAAAGCGUUUUAGAAGGAAGCUGCGUCGUCAACUGCAACAAGACCGCGAUAACUAG